AUGGCAGACGUUCGAUCUCUCCUCAAAAACGAGCGCGCGUCUCGUCGGAUACAGCACAAGCACGCAUCCUACACUGCAACAGGAACUCUUCUCUGCAAAGUCUGCCACUUUCAACUAAAAUCCGAAUCAUUAUGGGAUGGACACUUGCGCUCAGCGGGACAUAUUAUGCGUGUUCAAAAGGCUCAGGAAGCUCAGGACACCCCUUCCCAGAAUCCUGACACCGCAUCACCAGUUCCUGUCGAAGCAACUAAGAAUAAGAAGCGGAAAGCCAGCGACGACGAUGACGGGACUAUUCAUAAGCGGACGCGAGCCGCGAACGGUUUGCCUGAAAACUUUUUCGACCAGGGAGGCAAACCUCUUGACUUGUCAUCCUCGAAUCCAAUUAACGAAAUUCGAAUUCCCUCCCGCCCUGCAACUCCACUCAAACAGUCACCUGAAAUACCCAAGCAGCCUGCAGUUGACGAGCUAGAGUGGGCAGCUUUCGAGGCCGACAUCGCCGCGGUGGACGUCCCUGAAGUUGAUGACGGAGUAGUGAUUUCCGCUCAACCUCUUUCUGCUGCUGAAUUGGCGGCGCAAAGUACAGCAGAUGCGAAUCGCCAGAGGAAAGAGAAAGCUGAAGCAGAGUUGGAAGGUGACAAGGAAGACGCGGCCAGGAAGAUAGAAGACGAAUUAGAUGAGAUGGAAGGGCUGGAAGAAAGGGUUCGAAAGAUGAGAGAAAAGCGGGAAGCGCUGAGGAGAAAAGAAAGCGUGCUGCAACUUUCCUCUACGACCAGCCAUGAGCCUAAACACAACACUGUAGAAGAAGACGACGACGAGGAGGAAGAGGAGGAGGAGGACGAUUGGGAUGGCUUUCGAUUGAAAGGUUGA